AUGUGGCAAUGUGCAGAUGGGAUACCACUUUCUCUUAUAGGCGGCUUGGUUAUGAUCCCGCAAAAACACAAAGAACCGGCCCGUUUUCAAUACAAUUCGGGUUUUUUUAUAACAACUAAUAUAAUGCCGGACUUCGGAAAUGGUGUAGAUGGUGAGGCUAUCCUGCGUCGUCUUGAAGUUUUCGAAACUAAGACACUUCGAGUGAAGGACAAUAGCAUAACAAAGUGGAUGAGAAUGCACUGCAUGGAAAUAUUUGUGUACGUUGCCAGCCAGUUGAAAGACAUCUCGCUUUUCACCAGCGAAACCAAUGUUGCGAAGAAAAAUCAAGUAGGCGCUGUGUACAACGACGUUGAUUGCGAUCCGUCGGUCUUCUUGGACGAAGAGCAAACAUUGGAAGCAUCUAGCAGUUGUCUAAGCACACGAGUUCAGAUUGAGAAUGCAGUUCCGCAAGAGGCUAUCGACUAUGCCAUUAUUGCGGCCGACGAUAGGGAUGGCAUUUUGUACCAUGCGCUUAACUUUGAUCAUGAACUGUUUGACAUAGAAAACAAGUUACACAGUGCUGAAUAUAUGCGCAAAAUGUACGAGAUAGCCGCUGGGGCAUGGGAGGAAAUCUGCCCAUUAAUUAAUAACGAUGAGACCUUGGUAGCAUUCAAACGCCGUAAAAGGAUCAACUGGCAGGGUAGUGACACGUUCUACGACACGUGGUUGCUUGCUACAAACUCCUGCCGCGAUUGCUUCCCGACGAAAGAAAUGAAGGAGCUCUACCCUGAUUGGGCACAACUAAUUGAGCAAGACGAAGACGAAGGAGAAGGUAGUAGCCACGACCGCGAAGAGAACGAGGAAGAAGAAGAGGAAACAAACGAAGAGGAGGAAGGUCAUAGGGAAGAAGAAGAAACAGAAGAACAUGAAAUCAAUGCUAAGUCGACAAAACCUGUUUCCACUGUUAAGCAAGAAUAUAUGCCGUUUUGUCCAGCAAAUAACAGUACUGCUUUUAUAGACCUCGUGUCAGAUGAUGAAAGUGUUCCUGAAAUUUCUUCAGUAAAAUUAGAGCUAUUUUCCGCAGAUAAUUCAACCACUUCUCUCGAUUGUGAUGUUAUCUGCAUUAGUUCGGACGAAGAAGACAAUUAAAAAAAAACUUUUUUGCGUUUUCCUUCCCUCAUAUCCCACCACAUACUCCUUUUCUAAAGUGACAUGCGAAAAGCGGUUUUCUCUACAGAAAUAGGUUACAAAGCGUUACAACGUGUUACAAGGCGUUACAAUCAGCACGUCCAUGCGUUACAAGGCGUUACAAGAAUCACUCUAGCCAUUUCCAAAAAUUUCACAGUCAUUUUUUUCAUGGAAAUAGGUUACAAAGCGUUACAACGUGUUACAAGGCGUUACAAUCAGCACGUCCAUGCGUUACAAGGCGUUACAAGAAUCACUCUAGCCAUUUCCAAAAAUUUCACAGUCAUUUUUUCAUGGAAAUAGGUUACAAAGCGUUACAACGUGUUACAAGGCGUUACAAUCAGCAUGUUCAUGCGUUACAAGGCGUUACAAGAAUCACUCUAGCCAUUUCCAAAAAUUUCACAGUCAUUUUUUCAUGGAAAUAGGUUACAAAGCGUUACAACGUGUUACAAGGCGUUACAAUCAGCACGUCCAUGCGUUACAAGGCGUUACAAGAAUCACUCUAGCCAUUUCCAAAAAUUUCACAGUCAUUUUUUCAUGGAAAUAGGUUACAAAGCGUUACAACGUGUUACAAGGCGUUACAAUCAGCAUGUUCAUGCGUUACAAGGCGUUACAAGAAUCACUCUAGCCAUUUCCAAAAAUUUCACAGUCAUUUUUUUCAUGGAAAUAGGUUACAAAGCGUUACAACGUGUUACAAGGCGUUACAAUCAGCACGUCCAUGCGUCGUCCAUGCGUUACAAGGCGUUACAAGAAUCACUCUAGCCAUUUCCAAAAAUUUCACAGUCAUUUUUUCAUGGAAAUAGGUUACAAAGCGUUACAACGUGUUACAAGGCGUUACAAUCAGCAUGUUCAUGCGUUACAAGGCGUUACAAGAAUCACUCUAGCCAUUUCCAAAAAUUUCACAGUCAUUUUUUCAUGGAAAUAGGUUACAAAGCGUUACAACGUGUUACAAGGCGUUACAAUCAGCACGUCCAUGCGUUACAAGGCGUUACAAGAAUCACUCUAGCCAUUUCCAAAAAUUUCACAGUCAUUUUUUCAUGGAAAUAGGUUACAAAGCGUUACAACGUGUUACAAGGCGUUACAAUCAGCAUGUUCAUGCGUUACAAGGCGUUACAAGAAUCACUUUAGUCAUUUUAAGUAGGAAUGGGGAUGAGUGUGCGUUUAAUGAAUGUCGCAUUUGCGCCAUUAUUUGCAUACUUAAAGGCUUACAGCGUGUAAGUUUCACCUAAAUUGUGUGGACGCUUAUGUGUACGCUAAAAUGGUGAAUGAAGAGGCAGUUGUGGUAAACGUUUCGGAUAACGAAUGCUCAGCAUCUAAGGAGGGUUUACCGUUCUCACAUUCCUGUUCAACGCUGGCAAUUUCCGUGGAAAAAAAUAUUGUUUGCCUAUCAGAUGAUGAAGUUUUCAUAACUAUACCGAUAGCGGCUUUGAAGGGAGAACCAAGUUUUUGCGAACCGCCUUCACACACGAGGGUACUUAAUACACCAGAUUAUUGGCCAAAUCGUAAGAGGAAAAAAGCCUUUAUGUGUACGCCGGUUUUGACUGUAACAAAGUUAAAAGACUAUUUGAAUAUUCUGGUUUUCAAAAAUCUUUGUAAAUUUACAAAGUUAUUUUUAUUAUAAAUACAAUUUAAACUUAUAUAAAUUUUUUUGUCUUCGCUCUAACCGCCAAUGUACUAGCUUUACGGCUACAAUGAAAGGAGUAGUUAGGAUCUGCGAGAAUGGAAGUCCAUUUUGCAUUGCCAUAUUUUUGUAGCCCAGCUUGUAAAAACUUGUCCUCCAUGGCACUAAAACUAACUUUUUUCUGUCUCGUUUGAACAGGUGUUUCGUGUUCCAAAGUACUUCCAGACGUUUUCACAUUUUUGGUGUUACUAUUGAUUUCGCUUACAGUUAAAGUACACGUUGUUUGAUCUCGUAAUUUAUCCAUACAUAACCUGGCUUUUGCAGCUAUAUUGCGCGAUUCAGUCUUCUGGUAAUGAACUUUAGCUACCUGCGACGUGUGUUUUUGAUCUUGAGAAAGAAUUGCUUGUUCUUUUGUUUCUAAGUGUGCAACACUUUCGGUUUCGAUGAUUUGCCUAUAUCGUGUAGGAUUUAUAUACUUACCAAUUGCUUGAUAAACAAUUCUACCGAAUACGUCCGAAAUACGCGUCAACUGCUUACCAUUUCGACACACUAGUAGAUAAUCGUUGGUGGGGUUCAAUCUUCGUCGUACAUUGUCAAUGUAUUCGUUUAUUAGUGUGAGUACAUCUAUGGAAAAAUAAAGAGAGUCAAAUCCGUAUUUCUCCGCAGUUUUAAAGACAUUCUGAUCUAUAAAACCAUCCUCUUUCACGCCUUUAAUCAUUGUUACUGUAAGAGUUUGAUACGUCAUGGGUCUUGAAGCCUUCACCAUUAAAAAUAAUACAGCUACUAUGAAGGAAGUCGAAAAUGAUAAAUCGUGUGCUGCGACACAUGCACUUGCGUUUUUAGCAUUUAACACAAGUUGUUUAUAUUUUUCACUAUGGUAUGGUAUCACCUUUUGUAAAUCAUAUAGUGUCGCCCAACAGUCUAUACUGUUUAGAUAUUCAACACUUAAGAUACACUUCCAUUCAGCUUUCAUUUUACGAAGGAGGAAUUUCUUAACACGGUGCAAAUAAAUCUCUGCAGCAACAAAUACCGACAAAUUUUUUUCAGUCGUACCUGUGCUUCGUCUGUAAUCAAGCAUGUGCCCAAUAGCAUUCAUGUAGCCAAUUAUUCCUGAGAAGCCAACCUUCCAUUGGUCUCUCAAAAAAUCUACGAAAUCAGAAAGCAUAUUAAUAGAGCCAACACAGUAGUCGAUAACAGGGAAUGGUACUUCCCAUACCGAAGGAGAAUCCUCGCAGCAAUAUUUGGCAUACUUUAAAACUUUACAAGUUAUUUGAUCGGCCUGAGAAUGAUCUUUACCACCACCACCUGGACUUUUUAACCAUGUCCUAAAUGCAACCGCCAAAUUACAUGUUUUAGCAAAAGACGGCAUUGAAAAUGUGCAGGCGCGCUUUCUUUGGGGAUCUUUUAUGCGAUUUCUCGUACUGAAGUGGGGAAGUACUUCGUCGAUAUUCGGUCUUUUAUCGAAAUAAUAAAACCAUCCAUGACGGUUAUAGACAUGUUUUCUACACCCUCUUUUACUUCCAUACGACUCGCUGUCACAAUCAGCCACAGGACAACAAAAGCGGUUAUCUUUAUCAGGCAUUAACUUAAGCCUUUUCGAUCUCAUUGAGGCUCCCAAUGCCUCUUUCCACGCAGGCUUUUGCAAGACUCGUUUUGUCAUUCCGAUUUCUUUAAAGUUCUCUAGAAACAAAAUUUAUAGAAAGUUUAUAACAAUAUUAGUUUUUAACAAAGCAUAGAAAGUAGGAUAAAAAAAAGAAUUCAUUUGAAUAAAAAAAGAAUCCUAUUUACUAUAAAUUUAAAGUUUGAACAACUUACCUUAUACUUUACUUCGUAUACAAAGUAUUAGUUGAGAAACUUCUCAUUAAAACAAUUCCUUUUUAUAAUGAAGGACGCUCUCCAUAGCAGAGUUAAGGUAGCAGCGAAAACGGAAUUAUUUCAAGUGGCACAAUAUAAAUUAGACUGCAGACUAUUCAUAAUUAAAUAACUAUUCCUCAAGAUAAUCAUUUCGCAUAUAUUAUCGUUAUGAUAUAUAAAAGAAUUCAACGGAACAAAUAGAGUGGAACGAUAUAUACCGUCACAUAAAUUCCAUCAAAUUCCCUAUGGGAACGACACGUUCUUGUCUUGUGAGUAACAAUAGAACAAUACAUUCCGCUUUUAUAACAAUGUUUUAAUAAGUUGUUAAAGAACACCAAGUUCCUUAAAAAUGGUUCUUUUUUAAAAAAUUGGAACAUGUAAAGUAUUUAAUGUGUUUAGGGUGUAAGAUAAUCGCACAUAGAAUCACGGACCAUUAUAAUUUCAUACGCUAUAUAAUAAUAAUAAUAAUAAUAAUAAUAAUAAUAAUAAUAAUAAUAAUAAUAAUAAUAAUAAUAAUAAUAAUAAAAAAGAAUACAAAUUUCCAAACUCUCCAUUACUCACACCGCUCCAUAACUCGAACGAUUUCUGAUACCCCGUGAGAGUUCGAGUUGUAUAAAUUAAACUGAUUUGCACUUGGCCCGAAUUGGCCAAUCAUAAUUCGCUUUUAAACUAACUUCUUGCGGAAAAAUUCAAAGAUAGUUCGUUUUCUUUGAAUACAGCACCUGCUUUUGCAUCACCCAUGAUUUCAAUAGUCCAUGGUUUUCCACAGCUUUCUUUAAAAAAACUAAAACUCUGUUUUUAUAAAAUUUUAAUUACAUUUUUAAUUGCGUAGAAUAAAUUUUGUGAUAUAAAUAAAGCAAUUACUUUAACUGAAAAUUUUAUGCUAAUUUGAUGUAAUUGCUUUGAUGUAAUUGCUUUGAUGUACAAGUCUCCAGCAAUUAAUGUUGUUGUUGUUGAAAAGAAGGAAAAUAACAUUUGCCUGACGCUAGCAUAAGUUUUAAACCUCAACUUGAGGCUUAGGGAAGCCUUACAAUUUGCGCAAUGGUUACCAUACACAAAGCGAGCAUCUUCACGCGUAAUGACUUAGUAUAAAGACCUUAGAGAUUUUUGAUCAAAAUCGUGAGACUUUUAUCAGAAAAAUCUAUUAAGGUGUGUUUCACAAUAUUUUUUUGUUUGAAAUGAAUGCUUAGUGGGCUUGGGCCAUUACUACGUCUUAUGAUACAAUCUAUGACGCCAGAGAUUGUUUUGUUUUACAAAUUCCUUACACUGACAUAACAUUUAAAAAAAAGUCUGUGCCAAAAUGGGGAAAAAAUUAAUGUUUCCGGAAGUUGUUUUUAAUCAGUCCUUCCACAAAUUCAUUUUUCAAAACAGAGUCACUUAGGCUUCGUUUCCAUGAGACGAUUUGUUAUCGCAGCGUCUUAGAAAGCCUAUCGGGUGAGGGUUUUAUUUCCAUAAACUUUGUGUUGGUUCGGUAUAGAUAGCCUAUCGAAUAAGUAACUCUCCAAGUUGAUUGCGAAAAUGGCAUAGCUAACAUGUAUUGGAUAGCAUUUCAUAUUUUCUUUCAUGGCAACAGAUAUAAUAAAUGUUUUGACGCAGCGAAAACUCAUUUCAACUAAACUAGUGCGCAUGCCAGUAGAAAGCAGCACAUACUGGAUCUAAAAGAAAACUAUUUCUAUUAGACAAUAAUUUUGAAUUGAUUUUUCGACAGUGCUAAAUCAUCUCAUAGAAACAAGGAUAAAGUAUUUUUAUUAUUAAAAGAAUAACACGCCAUUUUUAAAGUAAAAUACCAAGCAUAGACGGUUGAUGCUUGUUUUUUUAUUUUUAUUAUUGUCUAAUAGAAUACACAGGAGCUUUAAAGUACAAUGAAUAGUAAUAGUAAAAGGUAAUUAUAGAUUAAUCAUUUUUUCCUCUUUGUAAAAAAUACUUUCUCAGCUCUUUCAAAAGUUUUUUAGCCUAGCUUUGCAAAAAAACAAAAAAGACGAAACACAAACGUAAAAAUAACAAUGAUAUAGUAAUUGUCUUUUUAAACGAAUAAAACUUGUUUUUGAGAUAUGUGGAAUGCAGAAACAAAGACAGUGGUAGGUCCCUUUCGUUUGAUGACAGAUCCCGCAGAACAGGGGUUACUUAACUAUUAGAAAGUUCAAGUACUUUAAAUAACUGUGAAAAUGAGUAAAACAAAAACUGUACAAAAACAUUUUGGAAUUUACGGAAGACACUUCAUAUGCACACAUUUCUUUCAUUACCAACUACGGAAACAAAACAAAAUUUUUUAGAUAGAUACAGUCCCCCCCGUACGUUAUUAGAAUCUUAUUGAUUGUCAAAACAAAACACAUUCAAAGCUCUUUGUAAAUGUUCAUUCUUUGUAAAGGGGUCUCAAUGAACCAAUUCUAUUUCAAGCAGGAAGAAUAUUUUUUUUAUGAUAAAGGCGUUGUUCAAAGUUGUAAAGUUCAUUUGCGCUUUACAACAGAUCGGAGAAACUAAUAUAAAAUGCAAGAAACAGUUUUGGUUGUAUGCUUCGUGCUUGCACUCUCCCAGAUAGGAGAUGCGUUGAAGUGCUAUCAAAAUCAAAAUGAAAAUUCGACCAAAACACUUUCGGAUUGCCUGAAUGUCGCAGACAGAUGUGUAGCCGGAAAAGUAAGUUUUACUAUGACAGUAUCGCCUGGACAGGAAGUAACCAGCACCCAAAGUAUAUUUGCGUGUACCAUGGACAGCUUAUGCAAUUCGUACUGCAAAACCGUUGAAGCAGGAUUGAAACAAACUGGAGGGAAAAUUAACAGUUGUAAGACAUAUUGCUGCACUGGCGAAGGAUGCAAUGAAUCUGCAGAACAAUCGACGAACGAUGGAUACUUUUUUGUUGCCAAUGUUAAACUUGUUGGAAUUGUUAUGAUGUUUUCAUGUGUUUUGUUUUCUUACCUUUAGAGAGACUCAUGUAGCUUAGAUCACACAUUGUGUAUCAAUUUUUUUAAUGAUCAUUUGUGCACAAUACAAUAAUAGCUGUCACAUGGGGGCUAACCUUGGGCUAAGAUGCACGUUUUUAUGUUUACAUGUUUUUAUAGUGGAAAAGAGCUCUUUUACCAGCUGUUUUUUUAAGGAUUUGUAAUUAUAUGCUACAUAAAUUUGUUUUCGUAAAUAAAGUUAUUAUGGGAA